UUGGGAAUAUUUGUCAUUUGUCGAUGUCAUUUCCUCGAUGAGCGUUCUGCUUCGUUCCACCUUGUUGCUGUGGCGCCUCUUUGCAGAUAUUUCUUUAAAUAACUGAUUUUUUUUCUUCCUGCAAACAAACAACAAGUGAAAUCAUAUCGCUGCACUGUAGGGGGGAGACACACAGUUUUGAGAGACAGAGAAAGAGAGAGAGAGAGAGAGAGAGAGAGAAAAUUUCAAUUGACAUUGAGACUCAACAGCUUUUCAAGACGGGCAUAUUUUUUGCAGUGCGGCUAAUGCUGAAGUCAUUCUCCGUCUCAUACAACAGCAGCCAAGGACACGGGAGCAUCAGCAGAGAAAGGGAAAAGACGAGAGAGAGAAAGGUGCCUCCUCUCGCCAUUGCGAUAAUUGUCUCGGUGUUGUAUCGGUGUUGGCGUAAAUGCUGCUCUAACAGGAGGCGAUAGGAGUGGAGGAGAAGCGGGGGAUUUAACUUCACACACACACACACGGACAAACCUAUGCUUGGAUUUCGGCUCUUUUUCCCUUCGCCAAUGCAAAAGGAAAUAUGCAGCGAAGCUUCACCAUCCUCUACACCAGUUUACUGGGGGUGUGCUUGGGUUCAAGCUCAAGUUUUCCAAGUAACAUCAAUAUAGGAGGAUUGUUCCCAACCGAAUCGCACGAAUAUGAGGUUUUUCGUUUCGCCCUCUCUCAUCACCAGGACAUCCCCAAACUGGUGCCGCAGGUGGAUAUGGUCAAAAUGGGGAAUAGCUUCUCCAUGACAUAUGCCUUUUGCUCCCAAUUCUCCAAGGGUGUGUAUGCCAUCAUUGGUCUGUAUGACAGGAAGACGGUCAACAUGCUCAUGUCUUUCUGCGGAGCGCUGCAUGUCUGCUUCGUCACCCCGUCCUUCCCCAUCGAGACGGCCAAUCAGUUUGUCAUCCAGCUGAGGCCUGAGCUCCAGGACGCUCUGGUGGGAGUGAUUGACCACUACGGAUGGACCAAGUUUGUCUACAUGUACAGUUCUGACUCAGGCCUGUCAGUGCUGCAGAAGGUUCUGGACACAGCAGCAGAGAGGAACUGGCUGGUGACCUCGGUCAAUGUGGAGACCAUGACGGAGGCAUCCUUCUUGAAAGUGUUCCAGGAUUUGGACAAGAGGAAGGAGGGCCAGAUUAUCAUCGACUGUGAGACCGAGAGACUCACCGGCAUCCUUAAAAAGAUUGUUGAGCAGGGCAAGAAUGCAAAGAGCUACCACUACAUCCUGGCUAACCUGGGCUUCCUGGACAUCGACCUGACAGACCUGAGGAAAGGAGGCGCGAACAUCACCGGCUUCCAGCUCGUCAAUAACUCUGAGCCCAGCGUCAGCCGUGUCGUCCAGCAGUGGAUGGAGUUUGACAACAAAGACUCCAAAAUGCCCAAGAGUGGACUCAAAUACACAGGCGCACUCACAUAUGACGGGGUGAAAGUCAUGUCCACGGCCUUCCAGAACUUAAGGAGACAGAGGAUAGACAUAUCUCGCAGGGGCAACGCUGGAGAGUGUCUUGCCAACCCACCAGCUCCCUGGGGACAGGGCAUAGACAUCCAGAGAGCCUUGCAGCAGGUCCGUAUAGACGGACUGACUGGUCACAUUCAGUUCAACGAGAAAGGCCGCAGAACCAACUACACUGUUAGCGUCAUGGAACUGGCCCCCUCUGGACCCAAGAAGGUUGGCUACUGGAAUGAAGAUGAAAAGUAUGUGACUACCGCCAGCUUCAUGAGAGGCAGCAACGACACUUACGGCCUGCAGAACAGAACUUACAUAGUCACCACUAUCUUGGAGUCCCCGUACGUGAUGCUGAAGAAGAACCAUGACCAGCUUGUGGGAAAUGAUAAGUAUGAAGGCUACAUUGUCGAGCUGGCUGCGGAGAUCGCCAAGCACGUGGGCUACCAGUACAAACUGAAGAUUGUUUCAGACGGCAAAUAUGGAGCCAGAGAUCCUGAAACCAAGAUGUGGAACGGCAUGGUGGGAGAACUGGUGUACGGGAAAGCAGACGUGGCUGUGGCUCCUCUGACCAUCACCCUGGUUCGUGAAGAAGUCAUCGACUUCUCCAAACCCUUCAUGUCCCUGGGUAUCUCCAUUAUGAUCAAGAAACCUACCAAAUCCAAACCCGGCGUGUUUUCAUUCCUGGACCCGCUGGCUUACGAGAUCUGGAUGUGCAUUGUGUUUGCCUACAUCGGCGUCAGCGUCGUCCUGUUCCUUGUCAGUCGAUUCAGCCCAUACGAGUGGCACGCCGAGGACUACGAGGAGGGAGGUGAGCCGCAGAGUCCCACCCAAGCAACAGCCUCCAAUGGCGUGCAGCAGGGCCAGACAGCAGCGCAGCAGAACACCAACCAGCAGAGUCCUGAGCAGACCAAUGAGUUUGGCAUCUUCAACUCCCUUUGGUUCUCACUGGGGGCCUUCAUGCAGCAGGGCUGUGAUAUUUCACCACGCUCUCUGUCUGGUCGCAUUGUCGGAGGCGUCUGGUGGUUCUUCACCCUCAUCAUCAUCUCGUCCUACACUGCCAACUUGGCUGCCUUUCUGACAGUGGAGAGGAUGGUGUCUCCUAUAGAGAGUGCCGAGGAUUUGGCCAAGCAGACAGAGAUCGCCUAUGGAACGCUGGAUGCUGGCUCCACCAAAGAAUUCUUCCGGAGGUCAAAGAUCGCUGUGUUUGAGAAGAUGUGGUCCUACAUGAAGGCGGCUGACCCAUCCGUGUUUGUCAAGACGACAGACGAGGGCGUAAUGAGAGUCAGGAAGUCCAAGGGCAAGUAUGCCUACCUGCUGGAGUCCACGAUGAACGAGUACAUAGAGCAGAGGAAACCGUGCGAUACCAUGAAGGUGGGAGGAAACCUGGACUCUAAAGGUUAUGGCAUCGCCACACCGAAGGGCUCCCCUCUCAGAAACCCUGUAAACCUGGCAGUGUUAAAACUGAACGAGCAGGGCCUCUUGGACAAAUUGAAAAACAAGUGGUGGUACGACAAGGGAGAGUGCGGCAGCGGGGGCGGGGACUCCAAGGACAAGACGAGCGCUCUGAGCCUCAGCAAUGUGGCGGGAGUCUUCUACAUCCUGAUCGGCGGCCUGGGCCUGGCCAUGCUGGUGGCACUGGUGGAGUUCUGCUACAAGUCCAGGACCGAGUCGCGCCGAAUGAAGCAAUCCAUCAACGACGCCAUGCGCUGCUCCACCCUGACCAGGAUGAGUGGCAACGGAGCGGCGGAGAGAACGGACGAAUCCUCACCCACGAUCCCCAAGACCGUCCAGACGCUGCCCUGCAUGAGCCACACCGCCAGCAUGGGACUGGGUGCGUCCGGCUGUGAUCAUCACGUGACCGUGCUGGCAACGAGGAAUAGGCAGGGUGGGGCAGAAGAAGAGCACAAGACUUUAAUGACCUCAAAAAUCAUGGCCGUCUGGUUUGACCCAUCUAUUCUCCUGGCUGUCAACGCGCCCGACUUGAACUUUACUGCCAAAAUGCACUCUCGAAAAAAAAAAACGCUCCUUACAAACUACGAACAGAGACUCGCGACAUUUUUGUUUUUGUUUUUUAAAUAAAUGGAUGUUUGGAAAAAGAGAUAUCAAAAAAAAGAAGAAGAAGAAGAGAAAUGUGCUGCAAUAAAGAAGCCGUCAACGGGGCGUGUUUUUGAAUUUUUUACAGUGUUCAUUUCUGUGGGGGGAAAAAAGAAAAAAGAAAAAAAGAACUUAAUUCUUCAGUGUGACGCCUGCGCUGUGCCAUUUCGAUGGAGCUGUUGACGUUAGUCUGCGUGUGCAAUAUCUUCACCUCCACUGCUGACCUUGUACUACCUAGAUGCUUUCUGAUGGCCGACAGAACGUGUCUUUGCACAGACGUGGCAGAGGAGGACGGACACUUGUAAACCGCUGCGAUGAUUUUGAUAUUGUUUUGGGACAUUCCCGCUCUCUUUCACUCUCUCUCUCACAUUUGACACGCCAUUUUGGAAAGACAAAGUGCUCUGUGUAGCAUAGUUUUUAUGAUAUAGUAUAUGGGUUUACACUGUUGUUAAUAGCGCAAAGAGCUUUGUCGAAAGUAGUUUUGAUUUGAUUUACGCCCGGCUGAGGAUUAACGCCGUUUGACCUGGCUACAACAAACAUGCAUUGCUGCUACACCUCAUUUAACACGUCAU